CAAAUACCUCCGAUGCUUCUCAGCGGUAACCAGCCUCUUGACUGGGUAAAGUCGGAUUGGGAGCAGCAGCAGCAGCAGCAGCAACAACAUCAUCAUUCGCCUAUCCAUAACAACAACAAGCCAUGGUACCACAACAAUACCGGCAACAGCAUGAUGCCUGAAUCCACAACGCCCGCCAACAAUAAUAAUAGCAAUGGCAGUAGUGGUGGCGGCAACAACUUUGAUUACAUGGCGUAUGUGCACCCAGCACACGUUUCGCCCAAUGAUGUUUACUUUGAUGACUUUUCUACACCGUUCGACUAUUCGUCAUCGUCGUCCGGUUAUGCCUCCGACAGCACAACCAUGCGACCCACGGAUGCCCUCAUUCACUACUAAGAUCAACAUUCUAUUUACUUUUCCAUAUACACAUACAAUAUACACAACACACUUCAUUACAUUUCCCAUGUACUGUACAUCUCAACUCUCUUCUUCUCUAUCUCUCUCUCUCUCUCUCUAUAUCGCCUCUACAGCAGUCCUAUAUACACGCAUUCACUCUCAUGCUAUAUUGUAUGCUUUUCCUAUAUUGUAUGUUGAUCCGUAAACCCCACCCCCCUCACACACCGUUUAUUUUGUUUAUGCGGAAACUUCCUUUUUCCUUAUUACCACACACACAUACACACACACACGCAUAUAUAUUAUUGUUACCUUAGCCUUUUUCUUCCCUAAAGCGCGGGUGAAAAAAAAAACCAAAACUAACUCGCGUUUGUUAUACAAACAACA